UUAUAGUGGUCAGUCUGCUGGACAUCUGAACUGUGUGUGAGCGAUCACAGAUCGAGAGGAAUAAUCAUGGGCGGCUCAUACUCACAAGAGGACAUUGAGACGGUUGCUCUUGGGAUGUAUAGAAACCAUUUACAGAAUGAUUAUCCACAAGUCUUACCAGAUGUAGGCAUAGAUGAGUCUCUGCUGAAAUAUUCUGGUCCCGACUCUAACGCUGCGUUGCAGGCGUUCUCUAAUGAGAUGCUCAACUCGGUGCCGGGUUACAUCAGCGGUUUAGGAUCUGCCUUUGGUCCACUGACUUCAGUCCCGAAUGCUGUCGGUCUUGGAGCUCUGGUGAUUUCCAUGAUCAUAGAGAUCGCCAUCAAGAGCAGCACUCAGAAAAGUGAUGAUGACACGUACAGCCUGUUACGACGAGUGUUUGGGGAAGAGAAAGCUUCGAGUGUCCGAGACACAAUGUCAGAGUAUCUGAAACGCCAUCGCAUGUCCAUGAACAAUGACCAACUAUUACGGGAGGAUAUAAAGAGACUGGAACAUCAGCUGAGCCACCAUCUCACCAUCCUCAGAAACUCCCUUCUGCAGGACGGACAGAUGAGCAGCCGCGGGUUCAAGAUCUGGGUCAACGGAGCCGCCUUCCACGUGCAGAUGCUGAUCCAUGGCGCUCGACUGGGUGUUCAGGCUAAUGAAACUGCAUCAGACUAUGUUCAUCAAAUCAAAGCUGCAAUCAACAUGUAUUUACAGUACCUGGUUCCUUUGCUGAAGGAACACAAAACCUACAAGAUCAAAGACGGAGGACAAAUUUGGACGGCUUUUAUGGAUGUUGUUUACUCAAAUUAUGAACCGAUCACCGGUUUAAAGAGUUAUUUUUUAAAUAUCAAGUACAAUCUCAACUCUCGAAUCCAUGAGCGUGGUUCAUUCACUUUGCCGUCAGCUGCAGGCUAAUGUAGAUCAGAUGUAGAGGUGUACUCUUGGAUCCACCGGGCCUGGGUUUGACCCCGACCUUCGACCCUUUGCUGCAUGUCAUUCCCCCCU